AUGGGCUGUAUGGUGCGGACCGCAGUGUUCGACGUCCAUGGACGUCCCCCCCACCCCCCGUGCUGUGACAGCUCGUGCAGGUGUGAUGUGGCUCUGGCAUGUAUAAUCUCCAUAUCCCUUCCUGACGGUGUCGACCCAGACAGUCACGCCGUGGAGGGUGCCAUGGCUGAGGUGAUGGGACAGAGGAGCUUGCUGGGCUUUGGUGUGGUGUUGGCAUGGCUGGUUCUGUUCCACCUGCUGGUCAACAUCUGGCUGCUUUGUUUGUUCACCAGCCUGUUGGUGGUGCUCGGUGGCUGGCUUGGCUCACAGGCAGUCCUCGAUUCCAACAGUGUGGUUCAUCUGGAGAGGUUUAUCACACUGGAGCAGGUUCCACCCUCCGUGGAGGCUGAUCAAAACUUGGACCAAGAGAUCCACAGCACAGUGAGGAAAAUCAUCAGGGACUUUGUCACCUCCUGGUACUGCACGGUGUCCUCUGAGACUGGUUUUGAGACAGAAGUCAAAGAGGCCAUGAUCUGUAUGGCCAUGGAACUGAAAACACGUGCUAGACAUGUCGACAGGAAGGAGCUGACCCAGAGGAUCCUCGAUCUGUUUGGCUGCCACCUGCAGGACUACAUCAGAGCGAAGGAGCUGGUGACCGAGCAGCAGAUGACCAUGAGUUGUGAGAGCGAGCGGUUGUGGAAAGCCUAUUCCAGUCUUACCACACCUCAUCUUGCCAUGACCAGUGACAAAGCGGAGCUAAACUACACCAGAGGAUUUGUAGAUUUGUUAUUGCAUGUUUUGGUGCCAUUGCCGCACUUGGAGUCCCAUACUGGACGGUUUGUGGUUGGAGAGCUCAUCACCUGCAAUGUCUUUCUCCCUCUUAUUGCCAAACUGUCUGACCCUGACUGGUUAAACAUCCUUAUAAUUGAAAUAUUUGGAAGGUCCAGCAAACCCCAGGAAUGCAUUGCGACAAAGCCGAUGACCCCAUCACCACCAACAUAUGAAUCUGAUCUCCCUGCAUUACAAGAGAUUGCACAGGUUCCUCAAAGGAAUACUGAAAUUCCUCAAGCAGGAGCACAGAUUGAAAUUGUCCCUGAGGCAGAGAUGGCUGAGCUUGCUGCCUAUGACGUCUUCGACUCAGGGGAGGUGGACUGUCCACAGAAUAACACUGAAGAAGAAGAAAGUCCUCCACCCUUUCUAGAGCAUUUUAUGAGGGGAAGCAAGUCAAACCCAUUUUACCAGGAAAAUGACUCAGACCUUGAUUCUCCUUUGGCUGAAUAUAAACAGAGUCCCACCGAUUCACUGGUCAUGAUAGGCCAAGAGGAGGCUCUGGAUGACAGAUGCAAAGGGUUUACCACAUCUGUUGAAAAUAACAUUGGUGUGGACUUGGAGGAUGUUUGUCCCUGUCCAUUGGAUGGCUCCUGCCAAAGCAUACGGGUGAAUUCAGAAAAUCCAAAUGGCUAUGGCCUCUCAUCAGUUCGGGCAUCACAGGGGACUCCUAGUGUCAGCAACCUCCAGGACCUGGAGAGGGAUGCCAGUUCCCCACCAGUAAACCCAACCAGGGAGCUUCUCCUGAGCGUAGAACAGACUGGGUUGGGUAACCCUAAUGAACUAGUCAGUCCCUCGCAGGUCACUUCUCCCAUGCCAUCAUUCAGUUUCCAGCCCCUCAGUAGCCCAGAUGGACCAGUCAUCAUUCAGAACCUCCGCAUCACUGGUACCAUCACAGCUAAGGAACACAGAGGAACUGGCUCACACCCCUACACUUUAUACACAAUCAAAUAUGAGACAGCAAUGGGUUUUGAGAGCCCAGGAAGCCUCCAGUCCGGCUCUGAUGAAGCCGAAGUCGUACAGACAACUUGUGAGAAUCCCUCUCACAUUCAGCCAGUAGCCUAUCACAUGGUCAACAGACGAUACAGCGAGUUCCUCAACCUGCAAACACGGCUGGAAGAGAAAACUGACCUAAGGAAACUCAGCAAAGGUGUAAAAGGUCCAAGGAAAAUAUUUCCAGACAUGCCAUUUGGGAACAUGGACAGUGACAAGAUUGAGGCCCGGAAAGGACUGCUAGAAACCUUUUUAAAGCAACUCUGUGCCAUCCCUGAAAUAGCCAACAGUGAGGAGAUGCAGGAGUUUCUGGCUCUCAAUACGGACGCCAGGAUUGCCUUUGUCAAGAAACCUUUCAUUGUGUCACGCAUAGACAAGAUUAUGGUGAAUGCCAUUGUGGACACCCUGAAGACAGCCUUUCCUCGUUCAGAGCCUCAAAGCCCCACAGAGGAUAACGAAGCAGAGGUGGAUGGUUGGAAAAUAAGUUUGGACAAGAAGAGCAAGUCUCGUCUGAAGUUCAGUAGUAAAAGCAGUCCCUCUAUGAACGGCUCUGACAUAAGACCACCAGUUUUGUUCAGUUGGGAGCAAACCAGCACAGUUUUCGGCAAGAUGUCCUUGGGAGAUUUGCAAGCCUUUAUCACUGAACAAGAAAAACUGUGCAUCAGAGUUGAGUCGGAGAGGCAGGAGAGCCCGGUGGGCAGAGAAUUCCGAGGCUACCUGGAUGACAGCUUGAGAGGAAAGCAGAGUCAGGAGCGUGCCUCUGAGAUGGCGCUGGCUGAGGUGGCUCUGAACAUCCUGUGUCUGCUGAUGAAAGAACAGUGGAGCUGGCUGUGCAGUGAAAACAUUCAGAGGACCAUCAGGCUGCUGUUUGGGACUUUUAUUAACAGGUGGCUAGAUGUGAGCGUAGCCAACUUGACAUCCACAGAGUUCUGGGUGUUCUACCUGCAGGUUAUACAGGAGGCUGUAUGGCCUGGUGGAGCUCUGCCUACGACCUUUCAACUGGAACGCAGCCAGCAGGAGAAGGAGAGCACCAGACAACAAGCCCUACACUGUCUGAUGAGACUCUUACCAGAUCUGGUCUCAGACAUGCUGGGACAAGACAAGUGCAAACUGAGCUGGCAGAUGGCACUGGACUCUCUUCAAGACCCCUACAUUAACAGACACCUGGUCUACUGUAUAUUUGACCUUCUGCUGGAGUUCCUGGUUCCUGAAAUACCUGAGGAGGACUUCCAGAGGAGGCUGCUGCAGACCCUCUCUAAAAACCCUGAGAAGCUGCUAGCAUGAGACGACGACCCACAGGAGCACCUGCAAACCCAGCUUUUAUUUUUCAUCAUACUGACUCGUCAUUCAGCUCAGAUGAGAUGCUGUAAAGCAGUGUGACAUCGAGGAUGCUCCUGUCCUGCUAACAUUCUGUGAUCACAGUGUGAGUGAAUAUUUCUGCUCAGACUGAAUAUCCUCUGUCCCCACUUUAAUCUUCUGAGGUCAGUCUGUCCUGUCUCUAAUUAUGUAUUGAUGUACGGCCAUGAGUCUCCUGAGCACAUUGUCCUGUAUACAAAGACACAUGUUUGAGGAAGCAUUAAUUACACACGAGCACCUGGUUUGUGUUUGAUCGAAUGUGUCUGACGUGCCAUCCAAACAUGUGGCAAAGCACUGUCCGUUGUCAACGUCCAGCUUUGACUAAACUCACUGCAGAUGGUUUUUACACUCUGUCCUCAUCCCUUCCCAAAGGCUCUGGGAACAGGUCCUCGCACCUCUUUCUGUCAUCUAGUGAAGCAGGAUUUAUCGCCCCAAGAUUUAGCUGUUGACGACAGUUUCAUUCGUCAGUGUCCUGCUGGCUCUGUAUAAACCCAAUCGUGACUCUGAGACAAUAUACUUCCUCGUGAGGGGAGCAUAGGUCUCUCGCAGUGAUUUAAAACCUGCAACUAUCUGAAUGUAUGAAAAGUACAUGUGAGUUGUAAUGAAGCAUUUUACUGGCUUUCCAGGUAGGUUCUUUUAAUAAGUUCCACGGUGCAGUUAAUGUCUAAAUAAUAAGAGAGCCGAGCCGAGCCUCACAAAAGCAGGUAUACGAAGGACGUUCGCUGUUGGCAGAGCUCCAGUCAAUAACUUUUUUGUAGGCUAAUGUAAAAACAGUGGGCUGGCAGGCUGGUUAACCACAGGCCUUUUAAGCGUUGGUAAAUUACAUACAUAAUCUCUUGUGCAAUGAAGAAAAACCAACAUAAAUUGUUUUGGAAAGACGUUGGGUCGCCAUGUGCCACCAGAACAGCUUCGGUGAGUCUCUGAACUCUACUGGAAGGAAGAGUUACAUUCUUCCCAAAGAUAUCUCCUCAUUUGGUUGAUGACGGUGGUGGAGGGAGCUGUCAAACAUACUGGUCCAGAAUCUACUAUUGGUGUUUGACUGGGUUGAAAUUUGGUGCCUCUGAGGGCCACAGCUCACAAAACUGUUAUACUCUGAUACAUAGGCUGUCUAUAAAGAUGGACGAUGAAGUGAAGCCAAAAAUAUAAUAUGUAUAUAAUGUUAAAUAUAUAAUAUAUAGAUAUGAGCAAUGGUAGUGGGGUCCUGUCAAUGUCCAUGCUCGACUAAUCACGAGUCAGUUUCAAUUGUUAAUCAUGACAUAUCACCUAGUUAUUAAUCAUCAAAUAACGAUUAUAAACCAAACUCGUCAGAAACAUCAGUCAGUGUUAUAAGAACCACUUCAAAAGACAGAAUCCAUUUUUGAGAAAACUUUAUUGGACUUGUACUUUGACCUUUAAGUUUGGUCCAUGUCCACUGGGGGGGAAUUGAGAUGCUUCGGCUUCACUUCUUCAGAGCAGUCAUGUCGUCCAUUUUUGAAAUACAGUCGAUGCCCAGACUAUCCAGUGAUGUGUUGUCAUCCUGUUGUGCUGUUCUUUAAAAUAACAGCGUCUAAUCAUUGGUACUAACUCACUUAUUGUUACGCAUUCUGUUGAUUAUCAAAAUAAAGGCAGGGUAUGAAUGAGGUGUGAGACAGUCAGCAGAUAAUCAUGAUCAUAGAUUCUAAAUAAAGAUAGAUGACAUGUUUUUAUUCCCCUCAAUUGGAAAAAUCCCGGAAUUCCAGUUAACAAGCCCCAGAUCAGUUUGAGGCUGAUAUGAGCCCGAACCCUCGUCCUUCAGUCACCUUAGAAACCAUCUGAAGAGGGUUUUAGUGGCGUCACCACACAAUCUGCAGUCACUACAGUCAAAUUUGUGAAAAUUGCCUUAUUAUCUUAUUGCCUUAUUUGUGGUCAGUGCCACUUGGUUAAAGAAUGAACCAAAAACGUUUUAACCUUAAAAUUGUCAAAAACACACACACACACACACACUAACGCAAAUGAUGUAGUACAGAGUUCAUCAACAUUUUCUGCCAACAUUCUUUUUGUUCCAAAAUGUUAAGACAGUUUUGUCGUGUGAAAUGUUUCGUUCUGUCUUUGUGGUGAUAAACAAGGCCAUAUUUCAAUGUUACGAUCAUUCCAUUGUUUUUGCACUUAUACCCGCAUCCUCGUCUUAAAUUCCUUUGUUUCUUUCCAUUGUGUUUACUUGUGAUUCAGUGUAUUUAUUAACCUAUUUAUGUGUUUGAAAUAUGACAAUGUCUUAUUCUGAAUUCCAACCAUAAAAGAAGGAGUGGGGUGCUGAUGGAGAGGGGCCCCCUGCUGUAUUGUGAAGUGCUUUUUACCCCCUAGGUUUUGCCUUACAGGGGGAUUGAUGGAAGUUUGGUUUGGUGUGUCCUGCAGGUGUGACCCUGAUAAGCAGCCCCUUGUAGCUCCCUAAGGUGAACCUGUUUACUGUUCUUUUUUUAUUGUGAGCGACUGCUGAACAAUGAAGCAUUGCAGUUGUUGUAUGUUACAGUUGUUGUAUGUUACAGUUGUUGUAUGUUACAGAAUGUUAGGAGGGUCUUACAUUUGCUUUCUCAUUCUGUCCGAUGAAGGAAUUCCAUGUAUGUUGUUUAAACUGCAAAGUGCCACAAAGCAUGAUCACAUUGCUUCUUACAACUGGCACAGAGACAGAAACGUACCUGCUUGGUGGAUCACUACUUUAACAAAAUCCUUUAAUAUUAUAAGAUCAAAUGUUUCCUCUUAUCUUGAUUUUCAUCAUAGUGGAAAUAUAAAUCUGCACAAAAGAAUCUGAAAUGAGCUCACAGCAAUAUAAGAAAAAAACCCAUCCGGCCUGUUGGCUAGUGUGUGCUGAAUAGACUGGAUAAUUGAAUCAUAACAAUCAUAACAACAAAUGUCUGUAUAAUAUUGGAACCAGGAUCUUUUUUUUUGUUUUUGUUUUUGUAAAGCCAACUGUUUUGUUAUGUGAUCAUUUCAUAUGUAGAAAUAACCAGAAUGUUGAGCUACAACGGCAAACUAAAUAAUUGUUAAAAGGAUCAUGUUAAAGCAACGUCCUCAUAAACCCAAGUAAAAAUAGAUCAGUAUUUGUCGUGUGGUGGCUGCUCUACUUUCCUGCUUCAAUCAGUUAAUGGUAGAUGUUUAACUCCUACUUGAAAAAUGCACAGUGCUGUUUACUAUUAGAACCUCACAUAUUUAUAUUGAAUGUUACAUAGAACAGCAAGGUCUAUUUGGAGAACUCUCCACAAGUUUAUGUUGAAGUCUUUCAUAGUAAUGUAUGAUAAGGAUUAACUGUUAUUUCCUUCUCCUCUGCACUGGUGUUCACGGUUGCGUCUUGUUGUCUAUCAGACUUUUGAACAUGUGGUUGUGUUAAUAUUAACCGAUUAUGUCAUAGUCUUUUAAAAUGCUUGAUAGUGGUUCCUGAAUCUGCCAACACAAUAAAGUUACCAAACAUGAUUUAUGAAGACAUCCAA